AUGAGUCAAACGCUUCCACGUAAACCUCCAGGUGGUUCAUCGACCAAAAAUUCGAAUUACAUCAAAAGGGAAGCUGGCAACUACAUCGAGAUUUCCGAUUCCUCAGAUGAUGACGAUGAAGAUGCCGACUCUCAACUUCUUUUGCAACGUCCAAUUCAACGUCCUGCAAUUUUAAGAUUACCAAAUAAUCAACCAAUAGCCCUUUUCGGUGCCAAUGAUCAGAACGAUUUCAAUCUACCAUACCCUGCAAUUCCACUUCCAAGAUUACAAGACAAUCAACCUGCAGCUGCCGCGGUACACAAAGACUAUAUGAAUAACGCUCCUAUCGUCAAAACUGAGAAAGUCAUGACGCAAUGGGACGGGUGGAUGGAUGGAGCGAAUGAUGAAGAUGUCGACCGCAUGCUGUGGGAAGACCAUGCGCUUCGAGCCGAACUCAAUCGAUCUUCAAAUCUAUAUCCACCUCAAUCGGCUGCUCCUUCUGAUCUCGAUCAAACAACUCAACAAGCAGCAAGAAAUCCUCCUCAAUCUAUAAUGGAACCCGAGGUCGAUUGUAUCAAUGCAGUGGUUGCUGUUUUUCCAGAAAUAUGUAGGGAUCAUGUCGCGGAUCUUUAUAAAAGUGUAUCCUCAUCCUCUGAUCGGUUGAUCGCUCACAUACUGGACGAAGCGGAUACUGGAAGUUCUUACCCAAAAGCAAAAGACACACAGAAGAGUCUGAAGAGAAAAAGAGAGCGCAGUGAAGAAGAGGAGGCCAAAGAAAAGUAUGAAGCUGCUGGUCGUGUGGUUGGGCCUGCUCUAUUUGUGGAACGAUCUUUGACUCGGAGCAUUCUUUCUUUCGAGUUUUCACAGACCCCAAUGACUUUUAUAGAUGCGACACUUAUAUCUUCCAAUCAUCGUCUUUUCUCCGCCUAUCGCGUCCUCGAGCAAGCACAUAGAACUUUUGAUGCUGCCAACCCACCCUAUCAAAGAAUUAAGAAUCUUAGAAGGAUGCCGGCCAUGUACCGAGAAGAUCAAGUUGAGGAAGCCAUCCGAUUAGAUGCGACACCUGCGCGGACCGUUGUUUAUGAAGAGUUACGAGCAGCUCGAGCGGUUCGAAAGAAUGCAGAAAGUCGUCGCCGUGCCGAACGCGAAGCAGAACUUGCAGAGGAAGAAAAUGAGAGAAAAGCUCAAGCCGAGGGCACCAUGUCAGAAUGCGGAUGUUGCUAUGGAGACUAUCCACUCAAUCGCAUGGUACACUGCAAGAAUGAAGAGGUUCUACAUUGGUUCUGUCGUGGAUGUGCCCGACAAACAGCAGAGAAUGAGAUCGGAAACUCCAAGUAUGAGCUCAUUUGCAUGUCCACGGAUGGAUGCACAGCUGGAUUUUCUCUUGAACAAAGAAACCAAUUCUUAGAUGAGACGACGAUUGUUGCCUUGGAACGUAAUGAAGCAGAAGCAGUUUUACGUAUGGCUGGUAUUGAAAAUCUCGCUAGUUGUCCAUUUUGUCCUUUUGCAGCAGAAUACCCUCCAGUUGAAAUCAAUCGAGAAUUCCGAUGCCUAGCUCCUGAUUGCGAAAAGGUCAGCUGUCGACUUUGCAAGACGGAGUCUCAUAUACCCAAGAGCUGCGAAGAAUAUGCCAAGGAGAAUGGUCUCUCAGUUCGACGUCAAAUUGAGGAAGCCAUGUCUGCCGCGAUGAUCAGAAAAUGUAACAAAUGUAAUACUCCCUUUGUCAAGGAAGAAGGCUGCAACAAGAUGACUUGCACACGCAAUGGAUGUUAUAACGUCCAGUGCUAUGUUUGUUCCAAGUCAUGCAGUUACGAUCAUUUCAAUGAUGUAAGGAGAGGUGGGAAGGAAGGAAAUUGUCCCCUCUUCGAGUCUGCGGAGGAUCGACACAAUACCGAAGUUCAGAAGGCCGAAAAGGAAGCACUUGAUAAAGUUCGUGCAGAGCAUCCCGAAUAUUCUGAGGAGGAUCUGAAGGUUAAGAUGUCGGAAAAUGUCGCUAAGGACGACGAAAGAAGAAAGGUUAAGGAUCCACGGAAUGUACAAAAUGUACACUAUCACAGAUUUCUGGACGAAGACGUACCAGGUCUGGCUGGUGGUGCAGCUGGUAAUGCAGGUGUACUGCGCAAUGUUUUUGAAGAACUUGAGAAUCCGAUUCCGGCGGGAAGAGAACCUGGUCGUCAUGGGUUUCAGCUGGAUGAAUUUCAUGAGGUGAUUGAUCACAUUGCGGUGGCUGGGCCACGGAAUAUGGUGAAUCGGGAAGAAUUGGAGGAGCAACGGCAAAUCGUGGCCGCAGCAGAUUACAGAAUGCAACUGGAUUUGCUACGGCAACGGCAGGCUCGGGAAAGAGCACAGGAAAGAGCAGGGGAAUUGAAUCUUGUGAAUCAAGAGUACCCGUAUUUAAUGGAGCGGCGGCAAAUCGCGGAACCAAAUGACAGAAUGCAACUGGAUUUGAUACGGCAACGACAGCUUCGGGAAAGAGCACAAGAUCUUGCAAAUGCCAAUGAUGUCCCUUUGGCGAAUCAAGGACAAAAUAGAAUGCAACUGGCUUUUUCACGGCAACAACAGCUUCGGAAAAGACCACAGGAUCUUGCAAAUGCCAAUGAUGUCGCUUUGGCGAGUCAAGGAUAUAACAGAAUGCAACUGGAUUUGCCACGGCAACAACGGCUUCGGGAAAGACCACAGGAUAUAGCAGGGAGAUUGAAUCGGGAAGCGCCGCCAAACGGUCCAAAGCCGCAUGGGAAUGGUGAGAGAUUGGAAGAGGAGAGGGUUUUUCGUGAGGAUUUCGGAGAAUUGAAUGAUCAGGAGAGAUAUCCUGCCGCUGCUGUACAAUCUCCGAACCGAGAGAGAGAUCCUGUCGCUCCUAUACCACCUCCAAAUCUUGCGAGAGAUCCUGUUGCUCCUGUACCACCUCCAAAUCUCGCUCCUCCACCUCCAAACGUCGUGAGAGAUCAUUUUGAUUUUCUAUUUCCAAAUGUUGCGAGAUAUCCUCUCGCUCCUGUACCACCUCCAAAUUACGCUCCUCCACCUCCAAAUCUCGCGAGACAUCAUUACGCUCCUCUACCUCCAAUCCGAGAGAGAGAUCCUCUCGCUCCUGUACCACCCGCAAUCCUAGGGAGAGCUGAGGAAGCGCUGCCAAAUGGUCCAAACUCGCAUGGGGAUGGUAAGAGAUUGGAAGAGUUGAGGAUUGGUCGUGAGGAAUUGGGAGAUGGAAAUAGACAGAAGGGAAAUCCUGUCGCUCCUGUAUCACCUCCAAAUCUCCCGAGGAUUCCUUUUGCCUUUGUAGGAAGAGCUGAGAGGGAGGCGAGGCGGCAAAUGAAUCAACAAGCUUAUGGUAACGCUAUACCACAUAGACAUCGAGCAGAGCGAGGAGAAAUUCAACGAGCGCGUAUUCAGAGGGGCUUAUGGGGGGGUUUUCAACGUCAAGCUUUUGGGGAGAGGGGUGAGAAUGCGAAUGGGAAUGGGAAUGGGUGGUUGAAGGAGCAAGCGAAGGUGAAAAAGUUGUUAGAGGGGAUCCCGCAGCCGGAGGAGGAUAUUUUUGAGGAUGAGGAGGGAAAAGGGAUGAUGGAGGUGGAUGAGGAGGGGGAGGUGGAGGUGGAGGGGGAUGGGGAUGGAGAUGGGGAUGAAUAUUUUGAUGAUUUUCCUUUUGGAUAUGAUAUGAUCUGA